AUGACACCUAAUAAAUCUUCGAAACAUUCAUCUGUAGUUAUUACUACUGAUGAUCAAAAGAUUAAAAAAAAAAAGAAAAUUUUAAAAACAAAUGAUAAUGUUCUAAAAAAUACAAGUAAAAAGAAAAAAGAAAAAAGAAAAAAAAUCUUACCAGAUGAAACAUCUUUGUCUAAACAGCAAACUUCACAAGAUACUCAAACAUCUAUUAAUCCAAUGAAUAUUGAACAAAAACAACAAAAUUCAUCAACUGAUAAUCUUGUUAUAUUACUCACACAAGGACUACAAAAUAAUGAUUCAAGUUUACUUGAUAAUGUACUAAGUCAUCAAUUUUAG